AUGGGUGCUUUAUAUAAGGUGCUUUUAGUAAUCCACCUCAUCGGUGGUCUUACGGGAAUGUCAAAUGGGCAGUUAAUGUGCUAUCAUUGCGAUGACUGUGAAACGACGGUGAUCGACAUUGUGCAAUGUGGACCGAAUAGGCCUUUGUUACCGUUCCCCGAAGAUACACCAACGACGACUGAGCUCCCACCAUCAAUACCUACAGAGGAGCCGUCUACAACGACACUGGCACCUCCAACUAUGCCGACCGAGGAGCCAGAAACUACGACGUUUGCUCCUCCUUCGAUACCAACGAUCGAUCCAGACACAUCCACCUCAGCACCGAUUACGACUACGACACCUGGAACUACUACUUUAGGACCCCCUUCUAUUCCCACGGUGGAACCAGAAACAACAACAAUAACGCCUCCAACAAAUCCUACCAUUGAGCCGGAGACUACCACGAUAGUGCCACCGACGCUACCUACGGUGGAUCCCGAGACUACCACAUUUGUUCCUCCAACACCCCCUUCUAUUCCCACAGUGGAACCAGAAACAACAACAAUAACUCCUCCAACAAAUCCUACCAUUGAGCCGGAGACUACCACGAUAGUGCCACCGACUCUUCCUACGUUGGAUCCGGAGACUACCACGCUAAUGCCACCGACACUUCCUACGGUAGAACCCGAUACUACCACUCUAAUACCUCCGACACUUCCUACGGUGGAACCUGAGACUACGACAAUAACGCCUCCAACAAAUCCUACCAUCGAGCCGGAGACUACCACAGUAGUGCCACCGACACUUCCUACGACUACUACAUUUGUACCUCCAACACUUCCUACGGUGGAACCAGAGACUACGACUCUAAUACCUCCGACAAUUCCUACCGUCGAACCGGAAACAACGACUAUCAACAAUACCCCGGGUGAUCCAAUUCUAACCCCUCCGACACAUCCUACAGCUGGCCCAAUUCUGACUCCUCCGACACAUCCUCCAGGGGGGCCAAUUCUAACUCCUCCGACACAUCCUACACCGUUGCCGAUGGCUCCGACUGGCUUUGGAAUCGUCAUUACCCCCAACACCUCACAGUACGCGUGUCUCACGGUCACACGCAUCGACGCCAACAACCGACCUAUCAUGAGCAAGGGGUGCGCGAAACUCAUGCCGAGUACGCAGGAAACGUGCACGAACGCAACCAACGGAAGGCACAACAGCUGUGCGGUGUGCCUGGGUUCGCUCUGCAAUCGGUUCUACUGA